CGGUGGUGCGUGUGGCCGUGGUGACUGAGGGAGGCAGGUUGGUGGUGCUGGAGGGAAGCGGGUAGGGGUUUGAGCAUGCUUUGGGAAAUGGGAAGAGGUUGGACGUGUAUUAGUGGACAAGUGGAUUAGCAGCACUGAAGGCGGUUGGGCUGUGUGCCUUUUGGACACGUCGGGAUGUGUGGCCUUGAGAAGUUGACUCGCUCGCUGAUACUCUGAAGCGGUUACCAAGCAAUAAGUUGACGACAAUGACCAACGGAACAAUAUACAGCUUUGCGUAGCAUUCCUUGGUGGCAGCAUCCGGACUUGCAUCGGAGACCGUUGGAGGGUAGUUUCCAUGGCGCACGUUAGUUUUAUUGUCAAGCACAGCAUUUAACUUCGGGAAACAUUCAUGUUCUUGGCAUCAUAUUCCUUUAUCCAAGCUAUGUUGAAGUCAAUCGCUAGCAACCAUAGCCAGGCAAAUGGUCGGAUGAUGAAAGUUAGGCACUCGCCUAUCCGUCGCACCGCCUUCAGCACAAAGAAAGUAGGAACCGUAGCAAGCUUAAGCAUGGCUAGCCAGGCGUCGCCUACUAUGGAUAAAGCUAUGGUCCUCGACCGCAUUCGCGGUGCCCUCUGGGGUAUCUUCAUCGCGGAUGCACUUAGCAUGCCAGUUCACUGGUACUACAAUCCUGGUGACAUCCGCCGCGACUUCGGCAUCAUCGACACCUACCAUCCGCCCAAAGCGCGCCACCCCAGCAGCAUCAUGAGCGUCAGCAACACGGGGGGUCAUGGCCGCGGUGGACAGAGCGGCAAAAUCAUCGGUGAUGUGAUCAACCACGGCAAGCACAGCUUCUGGGGCAAGCCCGGCGUGCACUACCACCAGGGCAUGAAGGCGGGUGAGAACACCCUGAACGCCGUGUGUGCUCGAGUGGUGAUGCGUACGGUGACGCGAGAGAAGGGGUACAAUCCAGCGGCCUGGUUGCAGGACUACGUCUCCUUCAUGACGACCCCCGGCUCCCAUAACGACACCUACGCCGAGUCCUUCCACCGCGACUUCUUCCGCAACUGGGCCGCGGGGGUGGCUCCGGAGCAGUGCAGUCGGGGCACGGAGGGACACAACACGGCGCAGAUCGGGGGCUUCGUUAUGUUGCCCCCUGUCGUCCUGUCGCGGCUGGACGGUGUGUCAGCGGCCCGGCAGCGGGCGCUGAGCCACCUGGGCACCACUCAUGACAGCCGCAAGCUGGCAGCGUACGCGGAGAAAUACGCGGAGCUGCUGUACGGUCUGGCCACCGGCGCCACCGACCUGCGAUCCGCCACGUCAGCACUGGCGCGAUCCACCGCGGGAGUGGAUCUAGAUCAGCUGGUGCCGUACGACGAUGUGCGUGUCAUACACUCCACCUUUGGAUCCGCCUGCUACAUCGAGGACUCCUUUCCCUCGCUGCUCUACCUGGCGUACAAGUAUGCUGACUCCUUCGAGCAGGCCGUCCUCGCCAACACCAAUGUGGGUG